UUACUUUGGGAACUAGAACUGGGACCAGGUGACGGUCAGCGGCAAGAGGUCUCCUUUCGGCUUUCGGCGUUCAAUUUUGCUAUUGCUUUGCUAUUGCUAGCUCCAAAUUGAUUAGUCAGACAUAUACGGUAGACAUUAGGCGAUAUUUUUCUCUUAAAAUGGAUAAACUUGAAAUAGUACCGGAUGUUAUUGACAAGUUGCCUUCUGAAACAGUUAACGUAACAUAUGAUGGACAGUAUAAAGUGGACCAAGGGAAUGAACUUACGCCGACCCAAGUGAAGGAUAUUCCUGAUGUGAAAUACAUUGCCAACCCAAAUGAUUGGUAUACUCUCUGUAUGACAGAUCCCGAUGCUCCGAGCCGUAAUGACCCUAAGUUCCGAGAGUGGCAUCACUGGUUAGUUGUCAACAUUCCUGGACACAACGUUUCUGCCGGGGAGACCCUGUCUGAAUAUGUUGGCUCUGGACCCCCACAGGGAACAGGUCUUCAUAGAUAUGUGUUUCUUGUAUACAAGCAACCCAAUAAACUCAUCUUUGAUGAACCUCGACUAACAAACAGGUCUGGAGACAACCGAGCAAAUUUCUCAAUUAGAAAGUUUGCUCAAAAAUAUAACCUGGGUGAUCCGGUAGGAGGCAAUUGUUACCAAGCUCAGUGGGAUGACUAUGUUCCCACCCUGUACAAGCAACUCGGAGGUUAACAACCAAAUGAUGACCAGCCAGUUGAAUAUAUACUAUGGGGAUUUGUUGCACAUGAUCAAAGGAAUGAUGGACUGUUAAAAACACACUUUUUAGCUGACAAGUUAUACAAGUGUUGUAAAACACUGUACCAAAAAGAACAAUAUUGAAAAAGAAAAAGUUGUUUUCAACUCAAAGAACAAUAAAUAAAAAAGUAUUGCAAAAACUCA